AUUGGAAGAAUUGCCUGAAAUAAGACAUUUAACAACAGAAGAACAACUGUUUGAAACCAUUUUUUAUAGUACACAUUCACGUGAUUCAACCGGCAGGUAUGUGGUUCGUCUUCCUUUCAAAAACUCCACACACAGGCUUGGAGAUUCAAGAAAGACUGCCAUUAGACGGUCUCAACAACUAGAACACAGGCUACAAGGGAACAACAAUCUGUAUAAUCAAUAUAAAUCUUUUUUGGAUGAAUACUUAUCCUUGGGACAUAUGGAAGCAAUUAGACAGGAGGAAAUCCAUCUCAAUCCUUCAAGGACAUAUUAUCUUCCCCAUCAUGCAGUGUUCAAAGACACAAGUACUACAACCAAGCUUCGGGUUGUUUUUGAUGCAUCGGCUAAAACUACCACAGGACACUCACUCAAUGAUGAGCUUCUGGUUGGACCAAGAAUACAGGAUGAGUUACUCAGUUUGUUAAUUCGGUUUCAGUUUCCAGUUAUUGCUAUGGUAGCGGAUCUUGAGAAAAUGUACCGGCAGAUUUGGAUACAUCCAGAUGACAGAGAUUUUCAAAGAAUCAUUUGGAGGAACCAUCCAACCGAGCCUCUUAAGGAUUAUCGAUUAUUAACAGUCACCUAUGGUACGGCUUCAGCACCAUAUCUAGCCACCAAGGUCCUCCAACAAUUGGCUAAGGACAAGGGUGCAAGAUUUCCAUUGGCAGCUACAGUGCUUACUCAAGACUUUUAUGUCGACGAUCUGAUGACAGAAGCUAACUCAACAGAAGAAGCCUUUAGACUUCAAUCAGAACUCAUUCAACUGACACAACAGGGCGGGUUUAAUCUUCGGAAGUGGGUGUCAAAUCACCCAUUAGUACUAGAUGCAGUUUCACCAGAACUAAGAGAGAUUCAACUGCCAUUUCAAAUAGAUAAUGAGAAGUCAGUCAAGACAUUAGGUCUUCAGUGGCAUCCUGCAACUGAUCAUCUUUCCUUCACUGCAACCACGUUACCAGAACACAUCAAUAGUACUAAACGAACAAUGUUGUCAGAUAUUGCAAGGAUCUUUGAUCCGCUUGGCUUAAUUGCACCAGUAACUAUUCGAGCAAAGUUGAUGCUUCAAGAACUUUGGCAGGUCAAAUCAGACUGGGAUGAUCAUUUACCGAGAGACCUUGAGAAAAGGUGGCAGGCAUUUCGAGACCAGUUGGAUCAAAUUAGAACUAUCAAGAUCCAACGUUGUGUUAGUCAGUCAAGUAUCGAAGACAUUAGUCUACACGGCUUUUGUGAUGCAUCUGAAAGGGCGUUUGCAGCAGCUGUUUUUUUGAGGACUAUGUCUCAUAAUAAUGGUAGUCAAGAUCAUCUCAUAGCGGCAAAAACGAGAGUUGCACCCUUGAAAACAACCAGUUUGCCUAGACUGGAGUUAUGUGGAGCUGUUCUUCUGUCCAGACUGAUCAGAACAAUUCAGUCCUCCCUAAGAAGACCAAUCACCGAGGUUCAUGCCUGGUCAGACUCUACGAUCACACUUUCUUGGUUAUCAUCAUCUCCACAACGCUGGAAAACAUUUGUUGCCAAUCGAGUUGCGGAAGUUCAAACGACUAUUCCCAACGCCAAAUGGCAUCACAUUUCUAGCGAAGAAAAUCCAGCGGACUGUGCUUCAAGAGGAAUUUCAGCAACUGAGUUACUAUCUCAGUCACUUUGGUGGCAUAGCCCUCAUUGUCUUCAUGACACUCAAUUACCAGAAACAAAUCCUGCGAUAUGUAAUAGUGCAGAAUGUGCUGUCGAAGAAAGGAAGAUCCAUACCAUUGUGGCUUACACUCAAAUGGAUGAGUCAUUAUUGACCACGUUUUCAUCAUUGUUUAAGCUAAAAAGAGUCACAGCAUUCAUACACAGAUUUAUCAACAAUUGUCACGAGAUUGAGACGUUAAGGAAGAACAAACCGCUUCCAAGCAAAAGUAAAAUAACACAAUUUCAUCCCUAUCUUGACCGCAACGGAAUUCUCAGGGUGGGCGGAAGACUUAGAUAUGCGAAGAUAACUCCUGAUCAAGCACAUCCCAUCUUGUUAUCACAUCGUAACAAGCUUGUACAUUUACUCAUAGACAUGGAGCAUAAGAGAUUACUACAUGGAGGUCUCCAACUAGUGAUGUCAACCUUACAUCAACGUUUUUGGAUAAUUGGAGCCCGGGACGCCAUUCGACAUCACAUAAGACGAUGCAUUCAGUGCGUGAGACAACGUGCAGAAACUGCCCAACAACUUAUGGGUGACUUACCGCCAAUGCGGGUGAAUCCAGCUCGUCCUUUCCUUAAGUGUGGAGUCGACUUUGCAGGCCCCUUUCAACUUCGCGUCAUCAAGGGCCGAGGUCAACAUUCAUUCAAGUCAUAUUUAGCAGUGUUUGUGUGUUUUGUCACUCGAGCUGUUCAGCUUGAACUAGUCAGUGCAUUGACAACAGAUGCAUUCUUAGCAGCUCUCAAGCGGUUUGUAGCUCGACGAGGAAAAUGCUCUGAUAUUUUCAGUGACUGUGGUACCAAUUUUAUUGGAGCAGAUCGAGAACUCAAAAAAUUCAUUAAAUACGUUUCAAUCAGGCAACAUACUAAUGAGAUAUACAACUGGCUUGCCAACGAAGGCAUUUCAUGGCACUUUAGCCCUCCUGCAGCCCCUCACUUUGGAGGUCUGUGGGAGGCUGGAGUAAAGUCAGUGAAAUACCAUCUAAAAAGGGAACUUGGACCUCAUCGACUGAUUUAUGAGGAGAUGGAAACACUGUUGUGUCAAAUUGAAGCCUGCUUAAACUCCAGACCACUCACAGCACUUAGCAGUGAUCCUAAUGAUCUCACCGUUCUCACACCAGGACACUUCAUUAUUGGCGAUUCCCUUUCAGCAAUUCCUGAGACAGAUCUCACUAGCAUCAAUUCUAACCGCCUUUCUCGAUGGCAGCUAGGCCAACAGAUGUUGCAACAUUUCUGGAGACGGUGGAAACGUGAAUAUCUUGCACGCCUACAACAACGACCUAAAUGGGCAGCCAAAAGGGAGAACAUCAAGAUUGGUGAGUUAGUGUUACUCAAGGACGACGAUCUGCCACCCACAAAAUGGAAAAUGGCGAGAGUUUGUGAACUUCAUCCUGGAGAGGACAAUUGUGUACGGGUCGUGACAGUCAAAUUGGCAUCCGGUCAACAGCUCAAGCGACCUAUUGUGAAGAUAUGCCCCUUCCUCUUCAUUAACUAA